AUGCCCGCGGACCCCUUCGAUGCCGUCCUCGACCUCGAGGACCGCUUUUACCAGCAGGGCUACCAGCAGGGCCUCCAAGAUGGCGCCCAGGCCGGCCGCAUCGAGGGCCGCUGCUUCGGCAUGCAAAAGGGCUUCGACAAGUUCCUCGAGAGCGGCCGCCUAGCCAGCAAGGCCGUCGUAUGGGCCAACAGACUACCACAGAACCUGAAUGACCAGCCCGCCGCCGAGGCCGAGGCCGAGGGGAAACGGUGCAUGCUGCCGUCCCUGGCCAGCAACCCGCGUCUCGACAAGAACGUCAAAACGUUGUACGCCCUGGUUGAGCCGGACACGAUGUCGACGGAGAACACAGACGAGGCGGUCCAGGACUUUGACGACCGCGUGAAGCGGGCCCAGGGGAAGGCCAGGGUGAUUGAGCGCAUGGUUGGCUAA